GGCAAGAGAGCUGUAGACUAACUUACCACCGAACCCAUUACUUUUCCAAGAUCAGAAAUAUAUUACACUAACAGGAACCACUCCUCAUUCAGAUAAGAAUUCAAGGUUUUCAUCUACAGUUUUUAUCUACAGUAAUUAGCUGCAUCAUAAUAAGACAGAUAGCUCAGCUGCAUCUAUUUAAGUGCUUUUAAUCUUCCUCUCCCCUCCCUCUCUCCCUUUCUCUCCCCCUCUCUCUCCCUUUCCUUCUCCCUCCCUCUCUCUUACUUAUUUAUUUUCUGGGUAGCUUUGACAUUGUAAACCACAGACGAAUUGGAGCCUGGCAUUGAAAAGAGGUGUUCUGCAACUUUUUUUUUCCCCCUUGUCUAAAGAAGUUGACUUCUACAACAGGGAAUCUGAAAAAUGACAGGGGCGAAGAGGAAAAAGAAAAGCAUGUUCUGGAGCAAGAUGCAUCCCCCCCAUUAUGAGGACAUUAAACAGUGGUGCAGAAGGCGGCUACCUAUUUUGGAAUGGGCACCUCAUUACAAUCUGAAAGAAAACCUGCUUCCAGACACUGUGUCUGGGAUAAUGUUGGCAGUUCAACAGGUGACACAAGGGUUGGCCUUUGCUAUUCUCUCAUCUGUGCACCCAGUGUUUGGUUUAUAUGGAUCUCUGUUUCCUGCCAUCAUCUAUGCCAUAUUUGGAAUGGGACGACAUGUUGCCACAGGCACCUUUGCCUUGACAUCCUUAAUAUCAGCCAAUGCUGUGGAACGGCUAGUCCCUCAAAGCAGCCGGAACCUCACCAUGCAGAGCAACUCCAGUGUACUGGGCUUAUCUGACUUUGAGGUACAAAGGAUUGGAGUUGCUGCAGCUGUUUCCUUCCUGGGAGGUGUGAUUCAGGUGGCCAUGUUUGUGUUACAGCUGGGCAGUGCCACAUUCCUGCUUACGGAGCCUGUGAUCAGUGCCAUGACCACUGGGGCUGCCACCCAUGUUGUGACUUCGCAAGUCAAGUAUCUUUUGGGAAUAAAAAUGCCAUAUAUAUCUGGACCACUUGGAUUCUUUUAUAUUUAUGCGCACGUCUUUGAAAACAUCAAGUCUGUCCGACUGGAAGCACUGCUCUUGUCUUUGCUGAGCAUCGUGGUCCUUGUUCUUGUUAAGGAGCUGAAUGAACAAUUUAAAAGGAAAAUUAAAGUUGUUCUUCCUGUCGAUUUAGUUUUGAUUAUUGCUGCAUCUUUUGCUUGUUAUUGUACCAAUAUGGAAGACACAUAUGGAUUAGAAGUAGUUGGUCAUAUCCCAAAAGGCAUUCCUCCACCUAGAGCUCCCCCGAUGAACAUCCUCUCUGCAGUAGUCACGGAGGCUUUCGGAGUGGCACUUGUAGGCUACGUGGCCUCACUGGCCCUGGCUCAAGGAUCUGCCAAAAAAUUCAAAUAUUCAGUCGAUGACAAUCAGGAAGUUUUGGCUCAUGGCCUCAGCAAUGUGAUUCCUUCAUUUUUCUUCUGCAUACCAAGUGCUGCAGCCAUGGGGAGAACGGCUGGCCUAUAUAGCACAGGGGCAAAGACACAGUGUGUUCUUGCAAGUAUUAUUGUCGUGGGGCUGAAAGGAAUGCUAAUACAGUUCCGGGAUUUAAAAAAAUAUUGGAAUGUGGAUAAGAUCGAUUGGGGCAUAUGGGUCAGUACAUAUAUCUUUACAAUAUGUUUUGCUGCCAAUGUGGGACUACUGUUUGGUGUCGUCUGUACCAUAGCUAUAGUGAUAGGACGCUUCCCAAGAGCAAAGACUUUAAGUAUAAAAAACAUGAAAGAAAUGGAAUUUAAAGUGAAGACAGAAACAGAUGAUGAAAGCCUGCAGCAGGUGAAAAUUAUCUCAAUAAACAAUCCACUUGUUUUUCUGAAUGUGAAGAAAUUUCAUAUGGAUCUAAUAAACAUAAUGCAAAAGGAAAAUGCCAACAAUCAGCCACUUGAUGAUAUCAGUAAGUGUGAACAAAACACGCUGCUGAAUUCUCUAUCCAAUGGCAACUGCAAUGAGGAAACUGCACAGUCAAGCUCUCACGACAAGUCGGCCUUAAUCCUGGAUUGCAGUGGCUUGACCUUUUUUGACUAUUCUGGCGUCGCCAUGCUGGUUGAGGUGUACAUGGACUGUAAGGACCAGAGUGUGGAUGUAUUAUUAGCCAAUUGCACAGCUUCCUUGAUAAAAGCAAUGAAGUACUAUGGAAACCUAGACUCGGAGAAACCAAUUUUUUUUGAAUCAGUAUCUGCUGCAAUAAGUAACAUUUAUUCAAACAAGAACUUCAACAAACUCAGUGACCACAGUGAGGUCUGAGCCUCAUUUGUUGCAGUAUGGAUCUUGACUCUAGGAACUUCUCUGAAAAAGCCAUGUACUGGCAUUUUGCACAUUUUUUAAAAAUUUUAUUGUAUCGAUCCUGCAUGUGACCUCCACUCCAAUAAGUUGAUGUGAAUUUGUAACUGCAUAACGUUGGUCAAGAUUUGCCAAAAGUUUUUUUUUUUCCUAAUCUUUGUUAGUAAGGAAAUUCACUUAGUUAUUUUAUUAAAAAAUCACAAUGCAUUUAGCUUUAGUGUAUGAAGAGUAAACAUGAUUUUCUUUCAUUUUAUUACAGCAUUUUGUUUUGUUUUACUUCUAUUUUGCUGUAAGCUUAUCUUUAAAACUGAGAAAUUUGGAAUCCUUAGAAUUCAUUUGUAAAAGUUCAGAUCAUCUGUAACUAAUACACAAAACAACUUGGCAAAUAUGCCAUUUUCCUGUACCUUGUAUCCCCCAAAGCCAUUUAAACACCAAUAGGAAUAAAUCUUACUCUGUACAUUAGGAUAUGAAAUUCACAGAAAUAAAGGAAUCAGAAACAGGUGACCAAAAAAUGACAAAUUGAAGUCAUUGAUCUCUAUAUCCUUCAAUGCACUCACUCCUGAAGUAUUCAAGAAUGUUUUCAUAUUUGGAAGAAAACUGGUAUCCAAAUAAAAUCAAGUUCUUUA